AGCUGGGGGUCUCUACUCGCCUUUAAGAGCUCAUCGAGCGCGAGGACGCCCACUUCUUUAAACCACCUCGGUGCGUAAAGGCUGCGCGCAAAAUUCCGCGGACACAGAGAAGAAUCUAACCGACCUUAAACACGCUCCUGUUUUGUGUUCCUGCUCCAGGUUGGACGAAGUGAAAGACCAAACGGAGACGCGAGAGGAUUAAAACAUUAUUUCCUGCUCUAUUUUUAUUAUUUAUUUUACAUUUUGCCCAAUCGCCCGGCUGCCAGCAUGAUGUCCUAUCUGAAGCAGCCGCCGUAUACGGUGAACGGACUCAGUUUAUCUGCCUCAGGAGUGGACCUGCUGCACCCUUCAGUGGGAUACCACGGACAACCUCGCAAGCAGAGGAGGGAGAGGACGACUUUUACGCGGGCCCAGCUCGACCUGCUGGAGAAUCUGUUCAACAAGACCCGGUACCCUGACAUCUUCAUGAGAGAGGAAAUGGCCUUAAAAAUCAACCUGCCCGAAUCCAGAGUGCAGGUAUGGUUCAAAAACCGACGGGCCAAACAUCGUCAACAGGCCCAGCAAACCCAGAGCGGAGCGCAGAACAAGGCAGUGACCAAGCCAGUGAAGAAGAAGAGCUCUCCGGCGAGGGAGGCCAGCUCAGAGAGCGGUGCCAGCGGGCAGUUCACGCCGCCGCCGAGCACCUCCCUCCCGGCUGUGAGCAGCAGCGCGGCCCCGGUGUCUAUCUGGAGCCCGGCCUCCAUUUCCCCGCUCUCCGACCCGCUGUCUACCUCCGCGUCCUCCUGCAUGCAGCGCUCUUACCCCAUGGCCUACAGCCAGGCUUCGGGCUACAACCAGGGCUACACGGGCUCCUCGUCCUACUUCACCGGGAUGGAAUGCGGCUCCUACCUCUCGCCUAUGCACCACCAGCUCGCAGCCGCGGGCUCCACCAUGAGCCCCAUGUCUAGCAACGGGGUUUCCGGCCACCUGAGCAACGCGUCGUCCCUCUCCACGUCGGCAUACGGCGCGGCGGGGCUCGGCUUCAGCGGAGCUGCAGACUGCCUGGACUAUAAGGACCAAACGGCCUCCUCAUGGAAGCUCAAUUUCAACGCAGACUGUUUGGAUUACAAAGACCAGGCAGCGUGGAAGUUCCAAGUGUUGUGAGAGGACACAUUCCACAAGCUGUAGACUAUUCAGGCGAAUGAAAAACCCCGAGGUUGGGAGCAGCAAGUCGUUAUUCACCCCCAAC